UCUUCCACAGUCGCCAUUUUCCCAGCUUAAGCCACAUAUAGACGGCAGCACUGUGACCCCAGCACCCCAUGUGCUCCUGCCCGGCCCACUCUCUAGCACCACCGGCCGUGGCAUCUCUGCACCUGGCGACAUGUGGAAACUGAACAAGAGCAAAGUUCUGAUAGAAGACUCCCCUGAUGAAGAGGUCCAGCCUCAGCCAGAGCCCCAGAGUAAGGAGCAGCUGCUUCAAGCCGACCUGCAAUUUCCUGUGUCUCAGCUUGCUACAAAGGUUCAGGGUGCCAGCUUUCGAGGCUGGAAAGAUGUGACAUCCAUAUUUAACAAAGAUGAUGAACAGCAACUUUUGAAAGGAUCAAAAUCUCCUAAGUCUAAAGGACCAUCUGGAAAGACAAAGGAGGAAGUAAAGACUGAGAAGAAAUCUGGUUUUUGGGACAGUUUGGCAAUAAAACAGAAUGUUCAACAAAAGAAAGCAGAUGAGAUUGAGGGCUGGGAGCCCCCGCAAAUUAUGGUUGAAGAGCAUCCAUCCUUUACAGAAGGCCCACUAGAUGACAACCAUUCCUGGCCCGGCUGGGAGGAUGAAACCAAAGGAACCUCUAAAUAUACAAACCUUACAAGUUCAGGAAACAGUUCUAGGUGGAGCAUAAAAUCAGCCGGCAAACUGGUUAGCAUUAGACGGCGGAGCAAAGGCAACCUCACAGAGAAUUGGGAAGAGUUAGAAUGACAAUAUUAGCAGUCUCGCAUUAUGCAAUAUCUUUCCUUGAAGAGUAGCAGGUUUCAUGAAUUUCAUGUCAUUUUAUACCAAAAUAUCUUAAGUAUUGUAUACAUAUGUACUUUUAUAUUUAACUGAGACCUAAAAAAAUAAAUUUGCACUCGUAAUCUUUUUUUUUUUUUUUUUUUAAAUAAAAAAUAGAUCAGUUUUCUUUAAACAAAAAAAAAAAAAAAAAAAAACACCCACCUGUGAAAUGCUAGGGUGACCCUGAUUGUGCCUACAUUACACUGACUCUGAAAUAUGAAAUGAAAGUUGGUUUAACCAAAAAAAAUAGUAAUUCCAUAGUGAAUGUAUACACUGGUUGUAACCUAGACUGCCUUAUACUGUUAUCAGUAAAGGGUAUUUGCCUUGCACAUUAUACUGUCAAGUGCCUGUAUUUCACCUUGAUAAUAUAUUUGUGAUGCACAGCUUAAUUUAUUGAUAAGUUAAUUUACCUGUUGUGCUUUUAUGGAAGAAAGGUCUUUAUGAAGACUAGAAUUUCUUGUUUGGAGAAAUUAUAUUUAGCUAUGUGUUUUUUUGUAAUGUUUUAUUUCAAGAUAUUGAAAUCCUAAAUUGUCCAGCUCAUGGAGUACACAAUGUACUGAUACAGAUAUCUGUUACGUUAUGCUUAGUUGCAUAAUAUCUGCUGACCAUGUAAUCCAACCCUGAGCAUUCUCUUACUUUAAGAUGUUUGAAACUGCAAUACACUGCAUGCCUACUUUACAUUAGUAUGCAUUAGCACUGUCUGGUCAUGCUGGGAGUUUUAGUUGCACUGUUUGUUUACCUCUGCUGUAGACCAAAAAUAAAGAAGAGGUUUAUUGUGUUUUUUUUUUUGUGAUAGGUGAGGUUUAAAAAGACAAAUCUCUGUACAAAAGAUUCUGCACGUAUAAAUCCUUUUCUUUAGAUGGUAUUUUUGUAUUUAUAGGCGAGUAAAACAUUUUUUAUGAAAAUGAAGCAAGUACUAUUCCUGCAUCAUCAAGGUUGUUUGUUAGUAUGCAUGGUUAGCAGCUGGAACUUUACCAAUGUGAAAUCAUGUAGACUGACCGCUUCAGUCAGUCACUCCAUGCAAUGUAGCAUCUUUCUGUAUGUUAUCACUUUGGUUUGUUAGCGUCAUUCUUAAAGGAAUUGAAACAAUUCUUUGUAUUUUUCAUCUUGAUUAAAGCAUUCGGUUGUUCAGAGAA